UGCUUUGAGGUUGAACUCAUCAAACUUAAAUCAUGCUUUUUGUGUGUCUAUUAAUAUAUUUUUCUUGCAAGUUGUUCAUGCUAAAGUUUUAUCUGUUAGCUGUAAAGUAAGCUAGUUCCUGAUGACAAGGCUCUGGGUUAGUUGUAACAGCAAUGAAAAAUGUUACAACCUUCCCCAAGCAAACUUUUUAUUAUCUUUAUGUUUUUUUUUUUAAAUUCAGUAUGCCUAGUCUUGGAAGAGAAAGACUGACUGGGGGUUCCUCUCAAUAUUUUGUUCAGUUCACACCAUAGACUGUAUAUAGAAUGGACGCCGUCUGCCUCCACGAUGGGUGAAGCCAUUUCGAGAACAGCACCCUCUGUUGAUGGGCUGCAGUAUAGAUCAUAAAUCCCGCCUCCGCAAGCAAAGCUUAUGGGGCUGUGGACAAACUUUAGGAAUUUAUUACACAGAAUAUACAUUUUUCAGUGUUGACAUGUAGUUACUGUGAGACUGGUUAGUGCUCAAGUCCUCUUUUGUCUGUGCAGCUCCAUUUUUAAAAGUUAUUAGGGGGUUCAUGUUUUCUAUGAUUGACACUUCAUAAAGCCUAUAGGCGUACGAAGAUUACGUAGCUCACCCGGGUGAUACGUUGUUUAAGCCAAGCAUCAUCACAAAGACUCUCAGCGACUCUCCCGCCGAAUGCGCACAACGCUACUGUUCAAUGUUGGUUUCAGAAAUGAAGAAAAAAAACAGGCGGAAGGCGGAACCAAGUUGUCCAUAGUAUAUACAGUCUAUAGUUUAGACACAUGCGCACACACACUGCUGUGUAAUUGUUGAAGCCACGGCAAAGACACACACUCACACAUAGCCUACUUAUAUUCAGUCGAUUCAUAUUUUCACAUUUUGUUCAGUUGUAUCAUGUUUAGUUGUCAGUCACUUCUAGAACUGGCAGUAUCUAACAUAUAGGCUCAAACAAACACACACACACACACACCAGUUAUAUUAAAGUGUUAAAUACAGAGCUUCCAAUCAAUAAAGUUUUGUCAUUAUCCUAAUUUUUUAGUGUUACAUUUCACCCCAGGGUAUGUUACAACUAACCCAGACUAUGGGGUGAAUCGUAACAUUUCACUACAUGUGUUUCGGACUAAAUUAUGCGUAGUCUGUUUGUGUUGCAGGGGUAACUGCUACAGCAUUAAAUAGCAGAUACAUAGACCUAGUUUGUAUCAAAGUUUGAAUGCACUGGUUUAAAACAGCUCUGAGAUACAGACAAAAAUGUUACAACCAUCCCUGGUCUCCCCUAGUCUACACUUUGCAAUAAAUAUUUGCAUGAAAUAGAAUAAAAUCUAUUAAUUUUCGGCGCCUAAUGUGAUCUCUAACAUUUUAAAAACAACUCCGUGUCAACUGAGAACAUUUUGUUCAAAGACUCUUUUCCUUCCUCAACUUUGCUGCAUUGGGCUGUUCACAACAAAGAAAAAUGACGGCUGCAGAAAGCUCUUACCACACAAAGGAAGCAGAGACUGUAGCUCUGUCCUUCUCCUACGGAAAACCCUCUCAGGUGUACUCCUAAAGCACGUGCAUUGCGCAAGGUCUCUGAAAAUGUCUCUUAUCGUUUCCUCAAACUCUCGGCAGAAUUCCCUCAAAUGAGCGAUAAACUCUUUCAACAGUCGGGAACAAUUUCUACAAAAACUCGAAGCCAUGACUGCAUCUUCUCUGGAGGGUUAAAACACCUGUCUGUUUUGUGCAAGCGGCGCAUGGGUACGCCCACCGUCGUCACGUGACACAAAGGUAAAUAAGAGUUAGCUAAUUCAGCAUCACAGCCAUCUGACAGGUUUUAUAAAUAGAGAUUUGCAAAUACAAGAGAAUUAAUAAUGUGGUUUAACCAGCAUAUAUUUUAUCACAAGAUAUCUGAAACAGAUUUUUUCCUUUUGAUUUUUAUUGGACCGACAAUUUUAGAUAAAAACAACAUUAUUAUUUUUAUAAUUCAGAGAGCCGAAACUUCUCCCAAUUAAAACCCUAUUUUCAGCUGUAAAAGUUGUAAUAAUCUCCGUUUUAAGUAUCCAACACUUAAUGGUUUCUGCAUGGGAGGAAGCAACUCAAUUCGUCUGGAGUGACGAUACUACUGUCACCAAUCUCAUUGGUGGAUUUGUUGUUUUGAAUGUGUACGUCACGAACAUGGUGGCUAAGCUCCGCCCAUGAAUUUAGCGGUUGGCUUGGAAACCGCUGAAGCGUUGUUGUCGGCCCCGGAGGUCAGCGUUAGCAAUCACAGCCGUGUAGAUACACUCGGUUAGAGAUUCACAGUAUGCCUUUUUAUGGCAUAUACGUGGAAUUUGUUGUAUAUUAAUGCUCAGAGUAUGCUUACUGAGGAAGUGAGUGUCAGGGUUUAAACGUGGUGAGGUAAAACUGCCAUUAAGCUAACGUUAGCACUUAGCAGGCUAGCUAAUGUUAUCUAAGGGUGAACUGUAAAUGCCCACAAAGGUUGUUGUACUGGAGGUAUUUUUAUCCUCUUGUUGACAGGAUGCCCUUUUGUGUCAGUGAGUUUAUCUGCGUUGUUUCGUUGUGUUCAGAAUAUCUGCUAUCAGACCAACAUAGAGGUGAUCCUGUGACUUCUGCAUUGUUUACAGUAUUUCCUUUAUUGAUGAUUUGAACCGAAAACCUUCAUGCUUGGAUUCCUCCCUCUUCGCAAUCAGCAUGAGAGACACUUCAGCGCCUGACAAUGCCAGCAGGUGAGUUUUCUGCUGUCCCUGUGCCACUAAAGUGUUACAUAAUACUGAUCAAGUAGUAAUACCACAAUGUUUGGUCCCGCUGCACAGUUUUCAGACUUAUGAUCAUCAAUAUACACCUUAUUUAUAGAAUUGCUGUAGUAAAAAUGCAGAAUACUUUUUCUCAGUCUUGCAUUAUUGUUGAUUAUUACAUUUGAUGCAUUAUAAUGUGAUUAUAAUUGUGUAGUUUUUGGUAAAGAACGCUUGGGUAGGGUUGCAGAUGGGAGUCUGGGCAUUUUGGCCAUGAUUUUGCACCUAAUGCCAAAUUUGCUUUUCUAGAGAUUAACCAAAUGAGGCCAAACAGAGAUAUGUAAGUUAUAGUAUAUGAGAGGAAAAAGACUAACAAAAAAGAUCCCAAUUUUUAUUACACAUUUAUCUUUAAAAAACCCACAUUUUUUAUGUCACAAUAUUUAUCACAAAAAGAAAACAUACUGCAUUGUCAUUUUUUCUCCCCAACAUCCUGCAACCUUUGAUUAACCAUGAUAUAGUUUCUAGUAAAGAUGGGACGUCUUGUUUUGUGCAUGUGGAAAAAAAACAAUGAAGGGAGUACCUUAAACCUGCAGAACAUGAAAGUUGCGCCAAAGUACUGUUUAAUGAACUGUAUUUUAUAAUAUUCACCCUUCACUAUAUAAUUACUCAAUGCUUUGACGGCAUAUUAACUGACUUCAGUGUUGCAAGCUCAUGCCUGUUUUGUCCAGUAAUGACUGUGAUGUCUCCUUUUGCAGGUGAGAGUGAUGAGCGGGCGAAGACCCGUGAAAGAUUUAACGAGGUGUUCAAGAAAUACACUGAGUCAGAGAAGAAAAAGGUGAAGAAGAAGAAGAAUGCUGAAACUCAGGAAGCCAUUGUGGUAGGUUUUCCACGAAUGCAGAUGUGUCUGUUUGUUCUGUACUCAACCAUGCUUCUGCUGUGUGACACAUGGGGAUCAUUUAGAAAAUCUUGCAAUUUUGGGUGUGAGUAGGUAGGGUCUGGCCUGAAUGGCAAGUUUGCUGUGUCAUUUUUACUUUCAAUGCAUUAGAGAUGCAGGAUGCAUACCUAGCAAGUGAAUAAAACUUUGCAAAGUGAAGCUCACAAAUUUAAUGGCAGAAGUCUGUAAGGAGUUUUGCAUACACAUAUUUUAAAUUCUCUUUUGUACCCUCAUUUCCUUCAGCUUCAGAAUCUAAAAAAGAAUCUAAACCUUGACAAGGACACAGAAGACGAUGAAACGAUCCUCCAGAACACAUAUCACCCUGAGCAGGGCAGCCCUCGCUACACCAAAAAUAAGCGAAGAGAGAGGGAAACGGCAGAGAAAAUCAAUAUCAACAACAGCAGAAACCAAGAGGAGAUCCCAACUCCAAAGGGGAAGAGGAAGAGUAAAAGGGAGCUUCCCUCCCUCCCUGUUUCUGAGGACGCCGCAAGUUACAUUGAAAAGGAUGUGAACGCUUCCAAGUCUGAGACUGCUUUGGAGGCGGAUGACGAAGGCGGGGAGAAGGAAACAAAGAGAAAAAGUAAGAAGGGGAAAAGCAAAGGAGCUGCAGAGUCCAAAGGAGAGAGUCAGGUGGAGGAUGCAGAGGACAAGCUGCUGCAUGAAUACCAGCAGCAGAUAGCACAGGAGGAGGAGAGGACUUUAAAGAAGUCAAGAAACAAGAGCGAGGAAGACAGUAUCAUCUCCCAGAAUGUUACCCUGAAUAAUGAUGUAGGAAAGAAGAAGAAGAAGAAGCUGAAAUCUGUCGUCUCACAGCCACAAGAAGAGUGUGUAUACCUACUGCGUCUGUAGACUAAAAUGCAUUUUUUUAGUGUGUUAGCAGCAUAACGGAGUAAGACUUUGGUUCUUGUAGGGAUCAAGAUGACGAAGCUGACAGGAACACUGGCGCUGACGAGGAUGAAACCGAAGCUAAAGGAAAAAAGAAAAAGAAGAAGAAAAAACAUGGUAACUUGAUGUUUAUUAGUAGGUAAUCAUCUACACAGCUAGUUUAUGUAUAAUCAGCUGAUGAAUCUCUUGUUUGUUGUUUUUGAUCUCUGUGUCUUUAGUCGUCAAAGAAGAGAGUGAAACUGAAGCAGACGUACCACAGAAACCAACAUUUGAUGACAGCCUUGUGCUGGGGGUAUACAUCCACAGAACAGAUCGCCUCAAAACUGACCUACUGCUCUCACACCCCAUGGUGAAGAUCCAUGUAGUGGAUGAAAACACUGGACAGUAUGUGAAGAAAGAAGACUGGUAAGAAUGGACAAACUUAGAUUUCCAAGAAUUCAAUGUUAAACUCUGCUGUUACAAUCUUUGUUUGGUUAAUUCAGGCUAUACGGUCACUCAUCUAAUUUCAAAAACGAUCUUAGAGUUAAAAUGUUACUAUUGUCUUUUUGGAGCCACCGUCCUGUUUCCUCGUUUUAUGAGCAAGAGAACGUCGACCACAUUCUUCCUAUCAUGACUCAACCGUUUGACUUCAAAAAGAACAAAUCCAUCAUCCCCGAAUGGCAUGAGCAGAUCAUCUUCAACGAACGUUUUGGAUACUUUGUUGAGCAAAACGACGAAAGCCCCAAAGUCAUCCUCUUCUUUGAAGUAAGAGACAGUGCUGCAGACAUAUUGUGCUAAUUUUGACAUUUUUAAAUAAUGUUUUUGAUAUUUUUCAAAGAUCCUGGACUUUAUAACCAUGGAAGAAGCCAGGGCCAACGUUGAUGUUGACAAGCAUGAGCGAGGAUUCAGAAAGAUCGCUUGGGCGUUCCUCAAGGUGACCAGUCAUUUAAAGAAUUAACUCCCUCUUUCUUUUUACAUGCUUGUUUUAAUGCUUAUUCCUCUUUUUCUUAAAUUAUCCAGAUGGUCGGCACAAAUGGUGUACUGAAUAUCGACAGUAAACUUCGCCUCCAGCUCUUCUGCCCUCCACCUCGAGCAAAGGGACAGCCGAAGACGAUUGAGGUGGUCGAGUGGUGGAGGAAGUACCCUCGACAGAAAUAUGCAUCCACACUUUAUGUCACGGUGAAGGGCAUUAAACUCCCUGAGCAUGUAAGUCAGUCUCUGCUGAACAGACACUGUGAAUGAUAUCAUAAUGUCUCACAUUUCUGCUUGAGGCCUACAGAUCUAUAAAUGCGUAAUGAAUAAGUAUUAAUGUUGCCGUAGAGAAUCAAGAUUAAAGCUAAAUACAGCAGAAGUAGUAGAUUCACCAACACAUUUAACUAAGAUGGUUUUUGCUCUGCAGGUGGAUCCCAGUGUGCGGUCCAUGAUGGCCCUGCAGGAGGAGAGGGGAAGCACCUCCUACAGUGAACUGCAGAAUGAGGUCACUAAGAAAAGCCUUACUCAGCCUGUCGAGAGCAAACCGCCAGCCUUAAGAUGGAGCAGACUGCCUGGACAGGUCGGUAGACUUAGGAUUGGUUUAUGUCCUUUAAAUAGCAGGAGAAACGUAACGCUGUUCUGUGUUGUGUUUCCUUUUUUGUCCUGUUCUGGAGUUCUUGGGUCAGAUUUCGGGUCCAAUAAUAAGGCCAUGUGUCAUAAUUUUUCAUUCUAGAUAGAGAAAUGUGUUAUUAUAGCUUGGCAAGAGUGAAGGAGGUUUCCAGAGUGCUGAGUUCUAGAGAGUAGUGGGCUGAAAUGAGGGUUUUCAGUGACAGCAAUCAGAGACAAGUACUUCUUUGAACCUAAAAGAAUAUAGAGCUAUCACAAAGGUAAUAGCAGGACAGUACAAUGCCUGAUAAUGAGUAUAGUACGGAGUAUUAUAGUAUUCCAAGGAGUCACUAUAUUAUGUAAGGUCUUUGUUGAGCCUCUCAAAUAUUUUGUUUUAUGUGGUUCAACAAAAUUGACAACAUCACAUAUCCAUUUCCAGAAAGUACUGUGUUUGUUAACAAUAAUAACAAAAGGUGAACGGUAUGAGGAACAAUCAGCAGCAGUCAGAGUUACUCAAGUUCAGUCAGAAGGAUCAAUUACAGAGCAGGAACUCUCUCAUGUUAUUGUUUUAUAAGAGAGCCUAGAAAAAAUGCAGUCAUUUUCUUAGUGCGUGGUUGACAGCACAGUCCUUACAAGAGUCUCUUUGUUUAAGGUCUGCCGGAUUCCUAACAAGCCCAUACUGUCGUUCCGUGGUGGCCAGAUGGGGUGCUUCACGGUGCUCUUCUCUCACUCUGGCACGAUCCUGGCUGCUGCGUGUGCUGACAGAGACGCUUUCCCUGUCGUAGGUAAGCAACACCUCAUCAGCAGCUGUAAACUUUCCCCCUCGCUGAUGCUCUCGUAGACUCCUCAGCGGAAAUCUCUGGCUAAUUAACCUGCUCUUUCUGCACAGUUGUCAUUACUCAGGAGCCUACUGCCCCCAGCAUGUCCAUACAACUUAAAGUACUCUAAUUUAUUGGCUAAUAAAGGUGUUUUUUUUUUCUGUUUCAGUGUAUGAGAUUCCAUCUGGUAAAGUUUUAGCAGCUUUCAGUGGCCAUCUGAAGAUAGUUUAUGAUCUCUGCUGGUCCAGAGAUGAUUGGAGCCUUUUGUCUGCCUCCUCUGAUGGAACUGUCAGGUAUGUUUCUGAUAAUUACAUCAUACAGAAAAUGAAUGACUGAGUUGAUGUAGCUGCAGUGUUUUUGUUGUGCCUCUAGAGGGAGUAAACUGUCCUGGUAUUGAAAAGUUCCCCUCUGGUGACACAGCAUAUUUUCCACAACUUGUCUUGUACAUGCAUUAUUCAACUCUUCUUCCUCUCUUCCUCAGAGAAUGGAACGUGGAGAAACUUUCGGGAACGGCCCAGAAGGUUCUCCCUCAUCCCUCCUUCGUGUACUGCGCUCAGUACCACCCCACUGCCCAGAACCUGGUGGUGACAGGGGGUUACGACUCUUUGGUGAGGGUGUGGAGGUUGGAUGUGGAUGAUGUGAACGGCCAGCUGCUGCAGGAGUUUGAGGGUCACAGCAGUUUCAUCAACACAGUUUGCUUUGACUUUGAAGGUAACUAUUGCUGUGUCUCUGCCGCACAUUUACAAACAUGAUCAUGAAUUGGCACACUGUACCUCUCACCCAGUACGUGCUGAGAUAGGACCAAUGCCAACUGCUUUCAUGCACAAGAUAGGAUUGAUUCCAAAUAGUGUUAUUGUGUGACAAUAAAACAGUCACGAGACUCAGAUAAAAGUGGGAAUUUACUGCAUGCAUGUGUCAACAUAAUAUUAUGGAGGGCACUAUCCAUUUUUUAUGCUCUUACCAUCUGCGACUCUGUUUAUGAGGGGUGAGGCCCGUCUUCUUCUGUAAUGCAGAUCGAGUGUAAUAUUAUCGCACCCUGUUAUAGCUGAUGCUCUGUUAUUGUAUUUGUUGCAACCAGGGAGUAGGAUGUUCUCUGCAGACAACACGGGCCUCAUCAUUGUGUGGAAAACUUCCGUAAAUGACAGCAGGCAGCGUCAGCCGUGCAGUCGCUGGAGUAUAGAGAAGGUAAUUGAGAUCAGAGUCGACUACAUGUGCAUGCAUAAAGCAUAAAAAGUUCUGCUUGUGCAAGUUCAAAAGAGAAUGGAGAGAUGUUUGAAACUGUGCGUGUUUUCUCUUUUGCAGAAAAUUGACGAAAGCGACCUCAAGGGGAUCCCUGUCACCAUGCUGCAGCUCCAUCCGAAUGGCCGGUGCCUGCUCAUCCACGCCAAAGACAGUGUGCUCCGGAUGAUGGAUUUAAGAAUGUAAAUAAGAUUAGACAAAAGGAUCUGUUGAGCUGUAUUCUGAAUCUUUAUUCUGAGCGUGGCCACUGAUUUGGUUUGGUUUUCUGGAUUGCAGGCUGGAUUUUUGUGGUGCAUUUCAUACCUGAAUUGAUUAAGUGUGUCAAAUUCUUUAUAAAACUUUUCACCAAGUUGACAGCCAUUUAAAAUAUAAACUAAGACAUGUUUUAGAAAGGCUGCACCCUCCGUUUUUUAGAUGUGAUGCACACAGAUCUUGUCGUUUGCCAACAUUACCAAUCGGGCUUUUUAACAAUAGUGAUGACUCUAAUAACAAUUAAGUAUUGUAGGAACAAAUGGGAAUAGGAUAAAGCAAACAUCUGAGCCAAUUAACACACAUACACAUUAUACUAGCACUAACAGUAGUCUAAAACAUGUCCUCACAUGUAUAUUAAUACAUGGUUGUUGUUAUAGCCACAUUUUCUCUCUCUUUCAGUCUGGCUGUAAAGAAAUACACUGGAGCCACAAACUACAGAGAGCGGAUCUACAGCACUUUCACGCCAUGUGGGAACUUCAUCUUCUCCGGUAGUGAGGACGGGAUGGCAUAUGUCUGGAAUGCUGACACGGGUGAGGAUGAUGCUUUUGCUUCUUUUUUUUGUGAUACAGAAGUCAGGCUAUUCUUGAUUACUAUAUUUGCAGAAUGACUCCAGCUGUCAGUCUGUUUGUCUUCCCAGGUGACCAAGUUGCCGUCUACUCUGAGCUUUGUUACCCCACUGCUCUACACGGUGUGUCGUUCCACCCGCAUGAAAACAUGGUGGCUUUCUGUGCCUUUGGUCAAGGCCAGCCUGUCCAUGUGUACCUGUAUGAUCGGAAAGGUUUGUGGAGAGAGCAUAACAAGCCCCUUUUUCUCCUCCUCCUCUCUUAUUCCUGAGCUAACUGAGAUGUAAAUAUGUCACUGUGUUUCAAAGCGUCCCAGAUGGAGGUGCAUCAUAUAAAGGCCAUGAGCAGAUCAGCUUCAGCCGACAUCAGAACUAUGAGGAACACACCUGAUACGCCAGUGUUACAGGACACAUCUGCUUCUUCAGCGAUGGAUCAGUUUGCACAUACAGCACGACUUGCAUUAAAAAUGCAGUGUAUCAAAGAAACACUGAACUCAGUUCUUGUAAGUAACAUUUCUGACUCGUUUACAUUCAUUCAAAUGAAAAUACAGACAUUCAUACAGUUACAUCCACUGAAACGUCCUCUUUCUCACUAUUCCAGGAGCCUCAACACAAGUCUUCAACUUCUGGAUACAUGUUUGAGCAGGGUAAAGUUUGUGUUUUCAACCUCAGCUUUGUCCUGUAUAAUUCAUUGUCUCUUAAGACAGCGAGUGAUCCGUCUUUUGUGUGUUUGGUUUGCAGGCAAAACAGGACUGACACACACAGGAAGGAGCUUGACAUCAGAGUCUGGCAUGGUGAGUUCUGGAUCAGUAAUCCUCAGUGUUUGUUGAGCUCAUACCUGGUGACUCACCAGUCCAGGCGCUGAAACUUGAAACACCACAAACACAAAUCUCAAAGUUUAACAUUUUGAAGAGUCAAUCAUGAAAAUUAUAAUUAACCACUGACAAGGAAAGUUGCAUUAGAAAGCUUGAGCUGGUGGUAAUAAAAGGAGAGUAACAACUGAUUUAGGAUUAUUUGAAGUGGAAAAAAAUAAAAAAUUUAUCAUUUUCUUUGCAGGCUGGGUUAAACGCUUCAUUACCACCUCCGUCUUACUUGUCCCCACAUUCCAAGCUGCAGCUGUCUGGUUCUCUGGCUGAGCAGUUGAUCCCCCAAGCAGCUCUUAGCACCCAAAACCGUAAGUAGCUCACACUGUUAAUGGCACACUUAUAUGUCUUAAACCAGUGAAUGGUUUUACUGCUGCUCUUUGAAUAUUAAACAAGAUUACUGCUGCACAAGGUACAGCAUGAGAGCAUCGUGUAACACUCUUAGGAUGAAAUAGUGAUGCCAUUCAUUUUUUAUUCUUGCAUUCUUGUUUUUUUUCAGGAGGGUUUAGUCCAGUUGGUCAGCGGCUAAGAGGAUCUUUCCGGCUGCAGGUAUGGCUUUAGUAGUUUCACAUUCUUUGACUGGAAUCUGAACCAGAUACUGCAUUUGGAAGUCAACUAUGAGCUAUCAUACAGCUCCUGCAGGAUAAACAUAAUGUUUUCACUCCCCCAGGCCCUUCCUGACCUCUUUCCCAGCGGCAUCAACGUAGAAGCAGAUUCUGCACCUGUGCAACAAAUUGUAAGUACAGACUGUAGCUGUAAACACAUUCACAUGAAACCUUCACUCUCAUAUGUAAUCCCCCCGUCACCUUGUCUUUUCUAGGUCGUUGCGCUCUAUGAUUAUAGAGCUAAUCGCUCUGAUGAACUGACCAUACACCGCGGCGAUGUCAUUCAAGUGCUCUACAAAGACAAUGACAACUGGUGGUUUGGGCGUCUGGUCAAUGGGGAACAGGGAUAUUUUCUUACAUCUUAUGUCGUAGACCAGAGUGAGUGUUACAUUUUCUUUUUGAAGUUCCAAUUAAUCUACAAGUCAUCUAAUUAGACAACAGGGCUGACACUUGAUGUUAUCUUCGGUAAUAAGCACCUGAUGGAUGAUAUGCAUUAGGUCCCAAACAGGGUCACAUGACUUGGAGUUGUGUUGUAUUGCAGGGGACUUCAAUGAAGAAGCCACCCAGGCCGCGGAGGCACCACCUGCCCCUUCUGAGGGGACUGUCGAGAGGUCAACCCCAACCAGGGUAAGGAGAUAAGUAUGGGAAAGAGGUGAAACAAGGUGUUGUUGUGGUGGGGUAUUCAUUUCUUGCACUGCAUAUGGAGGUCUUCCUUUGCUUUGGUCUCUGGAUAGUCAUACUUUACUUAACUUUUCAUGUUUCAUACACUUGGGGCUAGAAAGGUGGCUUUGAAAAGUUAGUAUCUUAAUUAUGUACAGGCCUAAAUGGGGAAUAUUUGUAUACCAACUAGCAAAUUUCAGUUCCCAAAUAUUUCAAAUUAAAUCUUUUAAACAUGCGAAAUAUUACACUUACUUAACACUUCUCUGUUACCGUUUUCAUGUGAAGCUGUUGGUUUGCUGACUUAGCAUUAAAUAUCUGCACUGCUUUGUCUUAAGCACAGUCUCGCAGUGUUUUUUCAAUCCUACUACUGUAACCCAAAUUCUGCGAAUACUUUUAGGAUUUGCAUGUCAUGUGCUUCCUUAUGACUGCCUGAGCUACAGUGAGAUUCUCCUGCUGAAAAAUUCUCAUGAAAUCUACAGUUAAACGUGUACUAUAUGCUGAGAACAUAUUUCAGCUGUUGUGGAAAAAUAAAACUGCCAUGCUUUUGUAGAGCGAUCAGCCCAGCUUAAGUAAAACUAUGAUAGAUGAUGAGCCACAAGUCAACCUGUAGUGGGAUAGCACUUUUAUAUAUGAUCCAAAAGAGAGUUAAAACAAUUCCUCAUUAUUGUGGUCCAAUGGUGUUGGGUGCAUUUUCUUCUCCUUUCAUUCUGUCUUCUACUUCUUUUCUUCCCUCCUGCUUUUUCAAGGUAUCUGCUGCAAUUAGCUCUUCUGGUGAGCUUAGGUUUCUUUCUGAGCCGACGCACUCUGACACCGAGCCUGAGAUGAUGGACGCCAGGUAAGUGGCUCACUUCUUUCUGAAUUCUCUGAUUCUUUUUCACACGGUUGUGGUGCCUGCGUGAAGCUCAAAAGUUUUUAUCUCUCAAGCAAAAAUAAUUCAUGGAAAUAUGACAUAUUUUAAAAGAUAUACUUUUGUUUGUACACUGGUGCUCCCAUAGAGCUAGGAGGAAAAAGAAGGUGAAGAAGCUAGCAGUCCCUGUGUCUCCUUCUCAAGCCACAUGUUCAGAUGCAGAUGCCUCCGAAUUGACCAGCACCCAGAAGAGAGGUAGAAUAACCAAGAGACCCCUCCCGAAGAGACCGACAGGCCAGACUAAUGGUGCCUUUGAGUCUGAUGCAUAAAUGUGUGGACACAAGAUUGUUUUUACUCUAAACUGCAUUCAUUUUUUAUCCUGAAAUACAUUUUUUGUAACGGAAAUAAAAGUAAAGAUCUACUUUGUCAUCUUUUUAUAUCUGAGCUGCCCCCAAUGUUCAUACUAAAGCUUUUAUUGAAUAUAGACAAAUUAAUUAAUGUUUUGCUAUCUUUGUUGUUAUUGUAUGUUUCAUAGCCUCUGAGAUUAACGUUUUGGAUUUUCCUGUGUGAUAUUUGCAAAUUUUUAUGUACAUACUGUCAUUUUUUUUUUUUUUUAAAUAUGUCUCAAGUACUGAAAUAAAUAUGACCCUUGGCUUUCCUA